AUGAUUCAACAAAUGCAAGUCAGAUGUCCUGAUUGCCGCGGCGAAGGUACUAGAAUCCCAGAGUCCGACCGAUCUCACUGUAAAGGAGAGAAAAGCGAGGAAGUAGAGAAGAUACUUGAGGUUCACGUAGAACCAGGAGUGAAGCACAAUGACAAGACCAAUUCCCUCGUGAAGGAGAUCAGUCUGACCCAGACAUUGACGGGUGAUCUUGUUAUUGUUAUACAAGUGAAACCACCUGACGUAUUUGAAAGGGAGGGCGAUGAUCUCAUUGCGAAAAAAACUAUAUCGCUGAACGAAGCUCUAUGCGGGCAUAAAAUCCCAUUGGAACAUCUUGACGGCCGUACUUUGAUUUUGAAGAAUAAGCCAGGAGACAUCCAAACCCCAGCCUUCCCAAAUGAUCACUUUUUGGAAGACGACACGAAGUACAAGAUGAUUGAAACCGCAUUCCCACCAGUCAGGAAAGUUGCAUAUCCGUCGAAUUGUGAAGAGGUGUCUUUGAUGGAAUACGAUGAGAAGCGGUAUCGUGGCGGCAGAGGAGGAGGACAAGCUUAUGAAGAAGACGGAUCGGAUGAAGAAAUGGGUGGUCAUCACGGGCCUCAGGUGCAAUGUGCACAAAGCUAGAGUCAUUCUCAAAUCUUCUCGUUUUUUUCUUAUUUUCUUUCGAAUCAUUUGGCGAUACUAUGCUUUGAUUGUGGUCUUUAGAUACUAAUGACUUGGUGAAAUUGUAUUCAGUAGUUAUUCGAAUGAAUGUGCUGUUUAACGC